UGACGCGGGCGUCCGUUUCGGCUCCCUGUUAUAAUGACAACGAAGAAGAUUCGUCUUCCGUUUUUUUUUCUGGAUCGCCGUAUCGAUGACAUUUCCCGAAAACCGAUUGAAUAUACAAUAUUAAAGACUGGUGAUUAACUAUCUCCACGCCCCGCAGUAAAGGGUUAUUUUAAUGUAACGCUCUAAUGUUAAAAGACCAAGCGAUGUCUGUCGUUUUUGAUGGGAAUCCCAUGAAAGCGAUGCAGACCUCACACGCUCACACGCAGCAGAACGCUCUGAGCACUCAAGAACUGUCCCAGGAGAUCAAAUCCUUCAUCAGCGGUGUUGACACCGCUCAGGGCAGGAAGUUGAGUGUCCGGGAGCAUGCCCGCUGCGCCCUACGCCUGCUGCGCUCCGUCCCGGCCUGCCGAAGCGCGGUGCUGGAGCAUUUGAGAGGCGUGUACGACGAGCACGUCUCUGCCUUCUUCCAUAACCUGGAGACCGAGGCCGACCCCACUGCUGCAGUGGGCUGCAAUCUUGAGGAUAUCAUACAAGAGGUACACAGCGUGCUGUCUGAGUUCAUCCAUCUUAACCCCCGUGCCUGGGCCCCUCUGGUGUCGGCCUGGGCCGUGGAUUUAUUGGGCAAGCUGAGUAGCAAACAUGCUGGGCGCAGGGCCGCCCCCCACUCCUCCAGCCUCAAUGAGUUGCUUCAACUCUGGAUGUCCUGCGCCGCUACCCGCUCCCUUAUGGAGGCAUAUUCCCAGUGCUUAGCUGCCAUGCUGGCCUGGUGCCCAGAUGCCUGUGUGGAUGCCCUUCUGGAUACCUCCGUCCAGCACUCCCCACACUUCGACUGGGUGGUUGCCCAUAUUGGCUCCGCCUUCCCAGGAACCAUCAUCAGCAGGGUCCUUGCCUGUGGCCUCAAGGAUUACUGCUCACAUGGCUCCAUGGAUCAAAACCUUGGGCCGGUAGGGGGUGACAAAUGCAACAGAGUUCCCAAGAUUGGCUCAGUUGUUGGAAUCCUGGGUCACCUGGCAGCACACCACUCUGAGAGCAUCCGCCGGGAGCUGCUCAGGAUGUUCCAAGAGAGUCUGAGCCCUUCAGGCCCCCUCUCUCCCUCUUCAUCCUCUUCCUCCUGGGAGAGCUCCCCUCAGCUCCGCCGAGCAGCAGUGCCCUUCCUCCUCCAGCUAGCCGCGCUGUCCCCCACUCUGCUGGGCGCCGUUUCAGCAGAGUUGGUGGAACUCCUCAGGCCCCCUGUCCUCCUCCAGCUGCAGGCUCUGCUCCAGGGCCUUCCCAGGGAGGAGUUGGACAACAUGCUGGGCCUGGCCGUCCACCUCAUCAGCCAGAGCCCUUCAGGAGGGGCACGGGUCCUCCGCUUCUUGGCCGACACGGCCACUCCGGCCUCAGUCAUCAUCUCUGGCCCUACGCCUUCCCCUCAUGAGGGGGUCCGUGAAGCCUGCGACCGCCUACUGCAGAUGCUGCUACUGCACCUCCAUAAGCUGGUCUAUAACCGCUCAGAAGGAAGCGAAAGCAGCCCCCAUCACUCUGCUUCCUCCCAGGCCCAGAGAGUCAUUCCCUUCCUGGAAGAGCUCCAGGCUCAUGUUGGAGAACUGUGUGCUGAGACCCUGCGAUUGGAGAGGAAGCGCCACCUCUGGCUUCAUCAGCUGCUGUGCCUCCUCUCAGUGUAUGGCGGCCCUAGUGUGGCGACGGAAGCCCUCUGCCAGCUACUCACACAGGCCCGCAACCCAGAGGAGCUGGCCCUGGCCUGGCAGCUCCACACCCCACUCUCCACCUGCCUGCCGGGCCUCAUCCCUGCAGCUGUGACCCGUUGCGUGGCCCAGAUCCACACCCACACUCUCGGGCCCCGGCAGCUUCGGCAGCUACUGAUCAACCUGGCAGCAGCCAUCCAGAGCCAGGAUGAAGAGAGGCGGGGAGCAGCAGGUAUCCAAUCCUCCAUGGUCAUCCAGGUGGGCUCAGCUGUCUCGGGACACCUCCAUGACUUUUGUCCGCUCCUCCUCCACGGUGACCCAGCCGUGUCCUAUGCUGCUGUCCGUCUCCUGUCCUCCAGUCCCCUCCCUCGCACUUGCUCUCCAGCACAUCUGCUCCUGCUCUCCCGUGCUGCUGUCACUCACUUCUUCCUGGUGCUGCGGAGGAGAGGAGAAGGAGGGAAGGUGGGAAGGGAUGGGGAGCAAGCAGGAGAGGCGGUGAACUGCUCGGUCUUGCUCCUGUCCCGCUUGGCAGCCUAUUCUCCGCUCACCCUCAAGUCAGUGCUACAGCAGCUGGUGGAGGGGUCACUGCACAAAGGCAAUGCUGAUCUGUUUGGGGGGCAGAUAGCAGACAUGGCUGGUGAUCCCCCGCUUUCCCCAUCCCUUUCCCCUGACCUUGGAGCCUCCCUCCUGGAUGUCAACUGCCGAUUUGGCACCACCGUAAACUUCUCCGGCAGUGUGUGGUCUGUGUUCCACGCUGGGGUGAUCGGUAAGGGGCUGAAGGUCCGCACAGCCAAACUACUCCCUGACCCAGCUGGAGUCAUCCAGAACGUUCAGACCCUGCUGGCUGUGACCAUCCAGUGCUGCAGCUCCUCUGCCCUCAACGGCAGUGUCAACGGCUCUCGCCAUCAGCUGUCUGAUCUCGACGAGCCACCGCCAAUCAACGCAGAGGCGGCCAAGGUCGUGGCAGUAACGCUGGUUGAAAACAUCUGCUCAGACGUGGCCAAUGGUGAGCUGUUGUGGCCACCAGAGGAGCAUGCCCGCACCACAGUAGAGCGAGACAUCCACAUCCGCCGCUGCUUUGAGGCCCACCCCGUUCUGUUCCCGUUGCUCCAGGUGGUGGCGGCUGGGCGGCCAGCUCUCUGCUACUGCUCUGUGGUGCUGCGGGGCCUCCUGGCCACCCUUCUGGCCCACUGGGAGGCAUCUCGAGAAGCCUUGGCCACAGACUCUCCAUGGCAUCUCCAGGCUUCUUGCCUACUGGUGUCCUGCAUGGGAGAGGGCCAGCUGCUGCCUCCCGUGCUGGAGAACGUCCAUGAGGCCUUCCCCUACCUCACUCCCUUUGAGGUGAGGCUACUGCUGCUGGCUGUGUGGGAGUAUGUGAGGGGCAAUGGGCCCAUGCCCCAAAAGUUUGUCUUCAGCUCAGAGAAGGGCCUGUUUUGCAGGGAUUUCUCACGGGAUGGCGACGUGGCAAGAUAUGUGGCUCCAAUUCAUAGUGUUCUGCAUAAAAACAUUGAUAGAUUGGGACACCUGUGCUGGCGGUUUCAACUCUAAGAGCAAGGGAAACACUGAAAAGGGUAGGGGGGGGCGGAUGGAAUUGCUGGUUCAGGAUAAAGAGUGAACGGGAGCAAGAGUACUAUGUUGUGAUCUUGGAUGAAUGGACUGCAAAGUUGUUAACGUUGUAAAGUUCAUUUCAAGUGUAGCUCUUUAUGUAUGUGUACUUUUUGUAUCUUGCCUUUAGAGUCAAGUCUUUUGUAACUUUUGUUUCCUGUAAAAACAAAAAAAAGAGGCCCUAUGAAUGGCACAUACCCAACAUGUUUUAUUACAGUAUUUGCCCCUUUAAUAUUUUUAUUCCAUAUUACUCAACAAAAUAUAGCCUUAAUAUUUCAUUUGGGUUGAGAAAUGAAACUCUAAAAUUUUUAAAGAUUAUCAAAUAAUUUACACGUCGUCAUCACAAAGUACUUUUUUCUCUCUGAUCCAAUUCAAAAUAUGACUUGUUAUAAACGCCAAUUAUAGUUUUGACUAUUUCAAAAAAAUAAA